CGAGCAGUUAUAGCUGUUCUAAUACCCAGAGCCCACGCGUGUAUCCCCCUGGGCACGCUCGAACUGCCAUGAAUCAUGAUGAUAUGACUCAUGACACGGAUGACACCAAGGACGAGAAAUGACACAAGGAAGAGACGAAUUUUCCACGCACACACACACAAGGUUCAUAAUUUGCAUGCAUAUUUUGGUGGCGUCGCUCUUUGGAUCUAUACCGGUAUUAUGAUACCACAUGGGCUUCUGCAUAAUUCUGUAGAGCUGCAUUGCUUCUCCCUUUUGUCGGCCUUUUUUUUAUGUGGCGUCGAGCAGGCGUUUGUGGGUUUAUUCUGGAAAGGAACGAACAAAACUUAUAUAUUAAUACCAACCUAGCGAAACCUGAGAACUUGAAUGAUAUCUUAUAUUGUUUGCCGGUCAUUUGAACUUG